AUGAGUAACUCAAUCAUCGAUCCCGAAGCCAAGAUAAUCAUCAUGGCGGCAGUCGCCCCGAAGAACCAGUCUGGAAUCCACAAUAAGAAAAUCGAAGGAUCCAACCCAGCGGACUUCAAGGAACGCUGGAAGGACUGGGCCACCCUCCAGAAACUGGUUAUCAUAACGACUGGCGUCAAACUACAACGCAAAGAGGGAUACGAGUCACGUUUGUGCGAACAUCUGGAGCGAUCGACCAUAAACUCCUUGGGCCACAGAGCCU